GCACAAUGCCAUCUCUAUAGUUAUCGUGUCGGUUUUCAAAUGUUCCGAGCUCCAGCUCCCCUCUGUUUGACCUCCAGUAAACAAGACGGCGUCCUCUAACCGCUCUGUGAUCCGUCUCCUCAGCACUUGCGCCAUUAAGAAGAUGUCAGUGAAAGCCAAGAUCGGUCCCAGCAUUCUCAAUGCGGAUCUGUCAAACCUGGCGCAGGAGUCCCAGAAGCUACUGGAAAAUGGAGCGGACUACCUGCACCUGGACGUUAUGGACGGCACCUUCGUGCCCAAUCUCACCUUCGGUCAUCCCGUGGUCAAGAGCUUGCGCAACAAGAUCAAGACGGCCUUCUUCGAGACACACAUGAUGGUCCAGAAUCCGGAGCAGUGGAUUGAGCCCAUGGCCGAUGCAGGAGUCAAUCUUUACACGUUCCACGUUGAACCGGUUGCGGAUGUGGUAAAGGUCAGCCGGUUGGUGCAAGAAUCCGGCAUGAAAGUGGGCCUGGCCAUUAAGCCGGGAACGGAGGUUAAGGAUCUGGAGAAGUACAUCAGCAUUGCCGACGUUGUGCUGGUAAUGACGGUGGAGCCUGGUUUCGGUGGACAAUCCUUCAUGGCCGACAUGAUGCCAAAAGUACAGUGGCUGCGCGAGAACUACCCGAACCUGGACAUUGAGGUGGACGGGGGAGUGGGACCAAAGACCAUUGAUUGCUGUGCGAAAGCCGGAGCCAACAUGAUCGUAUCGGGUACAGCCGUAGUCGGAGCCUCCGAUCAGCAAAAGGUUAUCAAGGACAUGCGCGACGUGGUGCAGGGCUACCUCACGUGAAGAUGCAUUUACUUACGUUACGUUAGCAAUAGACGAAAUUUUUUAUUAAGGCGCAAAAUGUUGACAAAAUUGCAAUAGUAAGUGAUUGGAGUUUCUUGGGAAACGACUAUUAAAAGACAUUUACAAUCAAA